AUGCCGCAGUGUGACCAGCUCAGUUUUGGCGGCCGUCACUUAAGUAGGGAGCAGCUCUUGAGGCCGCCUUUUUGUGUAGUUAGGUUUCGCGCCGCCCUCACAAGUAGGAGUGGUAUUGCCGUCGACCCUUUCUUGAUCCCCCUGUGCCGGAUGAGCGGCCGUGGAGAUGACUUGGAAGCCGGCCGAAGGGAGACUUUUGAGCUGGCUUGUCGUCCGCGCGUUCCGUGGUGUGCCGUGCUUCCCGCUAUUCUUGUACUCUUGUUGCCCAUGCUGCUGUGGACAAGGGGGAACUUCACAUUCCUCCGAAUUAUCAAACAGCCUCACAGCUACCAAGGGCAAGCACUUAGAAGUUCAGGCAACAAAAGCCUCUUUUGGCCACGCACCACCGAGUUACCAGCAAAUGCUGCGAGGCACGACGUGAGCGAACUCAUCCGACACCAUGGCCAGCGCGUGGAUGGUGCGAGCUCACAUUUCACCAUGUUUGACAUCAACGGCGGCAUGUUUGGUUGGCUGAAGGGGAAAGGCGAACAGUUUGUACAGGACAUCUUCCACGAGACGCUUGAUCCCGUCUGUCAGGUGGACAUGUCGCCGGGCGAAGCGUGGGAGAAGGCUGUCGUUCUAGACAUUGGGUCCAACACCGGCUUCUACGGCUUGCUUGCACUGGCGAAGGGCUGUGCCGUUGUUUUCGUGGAGCCGCAGCCAGAGUGCAACGUGUUAAUCUCGCAGUCCAUCCGUGAAAGUGGCUUGGAUGAGCGGAAGGUAAGGCGCGUGCAACAGCCGGUGGGUCGACAGGAGGAGUGGGGCAAAUCUCUGGCGGUGUGGCCUGGCAACCAUUGCUCUGGGAGGUUUCCCGUCGAAAAUGCGGAGCGCGGGCACAAGGACGCGUUUGGGUCUGAUGGAGGGUCGCAGGACACCCAGAUGGCAACGCAAAUUCCCUUCCUGCCGGUGUCCGACAUGCUGGAGCUGGUGGGCUUGUCUGACAGCAGCAAGAUACAACUGAUCAAAGUCGACACUGAAGGAAAUGAACUUCAGAUACUGGAAGCUAUGCUGCCGCUUCUUCAAUCUUGGCAGAUUUCGAACAUGGUGGUGGAGGUGGGGCUGCGCAGGCUGUUGUAUUCUGAUGUUUUUUUCCCCAAAACUUCCCUGGGCUGA